ACGGUGGUGAGCAACGGUGGUUAAGCUCCUUCCGUCGCUCCUCGAGAGAGACAGAAAGGGAAACGUUGAAACAGGUCAGGAGUAGUCUCGUCAGUCGACGCGAAUAUCUCGGGUCUGCAUUGUUUUGGGCUCGGCAUGCGGAGAUCCCUCGGAAAUCCUUCCUGGAAUUCUUGCUGUGCAUAACAGAACUGUUGUUUGUGAGAUGACAAAAAUCGGGAUAAUCGUCUAGCGCGUCGGUCGCAAAAAACUUCUAGUCAAAAGGAAUACAAACACACAGAGUUACCUCUCUCGAAAUUCUCGCAAAAUUCUUGAGAGACUUAACAUUCCUUUACGGUGUUGGUGUGUGUAUGUGUGUGUGGGCUAUUAAAAAAGGGACAGGAGUUCCACUCUGGUGUUCUAUUACCUGAACGGGAAGGACGUAUCUGAUCAGAGAAACACCGUUAUUCGAGCACGUGGCCGCGCAAGUGUAGAAACCGAGGAGCUUUCGAAAAAAUUGGAUCUAUCGUUCAGACCAGAACGCGAAAUCCAAAAAAGUUAGCGGAAUGCUUGUGCGAAUUUUUAAUUCUCCCAUAUCCUAGGCGGGUCCCGACUUGCCGAUAACUUGUGCACGUGAAAGAAGAAAAAGAAGAGUGAUCUCUCGAGUGUGAGGAUAGUGUGUUGUUGUUAAACGAGUGCUCUUCCGUCAUCCACCCCGACGUCCACUUUCGUUCCGCUAUAUCUCAUCUGCUCCCUCAGUGCUGUCUCUGACUCUUUCUCUCUUCUUUUUUCUUCUUCCCCUUAUUGUCUCUUUUUUUCUCUAUCUCGGGUCCGCAUUGUGAGCAAAGCAAGAAUGGAAAAGUGUUACGAAUCAACGGAAGUGCUACCACCCUCGGCUUCAAGGUCAUGGUACGGCAUAUAAGAUUAUCCCCAGCGAAGAGCAGGAGCAAGACCGGGUGACAGAAGCAGUGUGAUGAGCGGAUACCUCGGUAGCAUCAUCCUGCCCCCGACGUUGCUGCACGACCCGAAGUAUCCUCCAGCCAUGCGGGAGAAGGACUCGAGUCCGAGAAAGAUGCCGGGCCACAUAAGCCCAAAGCAAGCCAGUAUUUAUCCCUUGAGCGUCCGCGUGCCGGACGUCGAGGAAUUGCCGUACGACCUCAGUCAUGGUCACGGCCGUGGCCUAUCGAGCCCGACGAAUCAGCAACAGCCACACAUGAGUCCCGCCGCAAGACCACCCCAGCCGCACCAUCAGGACGAUCAGGACAGUGAGCCGCUCGAUCUUCGCGUCGAUCACAAAAAGGAACGACUCAGAGACGAGAAUCAGAACGAGAUCGAGGUGUUAAAUCAGAACAGUCUGAGCGGUGGUCUGCCCUAUCACACGGUGCUCUUCCCCCAGCAUCAUGCGGUACACCCGCUAGUCCUGGAGAUGUACAGGUCGCAUCAUCACAAUUCGCCGGUGCCCGAUCUGCCGAAAAUCCAGGUCAGAGCGUUGCCUACGAUGGUACCUCUGCCAUCCAACAGAUUCUCGUCGUCCACUACUCCUUCUUUGCAACCUACGGCAAGAACUGUCAGUCCUAUUGGCGGUCAACAUCAUCAGCAGCAACAUCAACAGCAGACUCAUACCUCGCAACAGCAGCAACAACAGCAGCAUCAACAGCAACAGCAGCAGCAGCAACAACCGCAACAGCAAGGCUCGAGUCUGUCACCUUACUCGAUCAUGCAAACCAGUCAAAAGAGCAAAGACAGAUAUCAGUGCAAAUUCUGCGGCAAAGUCUUCCCGAGGUCGGCGAAUUUAACGAGACACUUGAGAACCCACACGGGCGAACAGCCGUACAAGUGUAAGUAUUGCGAGAGAAGUUUCAGCAUCUCGAGCAAUCUCCAGCGUCACGUCAGGAAUAUCCACAAUAAGGAGAAACCCUUCAAGUGUCCACUCUGUGAGAGAUGCUUCGGCCAACAGACCAAUCUGGACCGGCAUCUGAAGAAACACGACGCGGAUGGGCCUACAAUACUGGAUGAAGUCAGAUCGAGGUACCACUCAGGUCAGCUUUCGAGAACCGACGAUUCCUAUUUCGAAGAGAUCCGCAAUUUCAUGGGAAAGAUCACCUCGCGACAGGCCAUAUCGUACUUACCCGGUCUACUGAGCCACCCCACCGACGAUUUCAGGAAUGACAAGCAGCAACUCCAGCUGGAGGAGAAACGAGGUGACUCGUCGUACUUCAGCGACCGGGACAAUCUCAGCUCGAGGUCGAGCAGCACGGCCAGCAGGCCGGAAAGUGUGCAAGAGGAACAGAGGGAGGCAAACUCGCCGCCACUCUCACCCGGUAAUAAUACCUGAGUCCUGGCAAUCACGUUAACCGUUACCAACUGCGACUAGGUCGCAGUUAAAGGAUGUGUCGAUUCGCGGUUGCAAGUUCUACAACAGGAAACAACGAAAAACUUGGGGAAAGUUAAAAGAGCGAAAGUUUUCGGAAAAGUUUCACUUCCAAUCAUUCGUUUCCAAGAUUAAUUCAAAACUGCAGUAUACGAAAUAAAGGAUUCUUCAAAAUGUUUGCGAGCCAAUAUGAAGAUGGAAUUUGAGGAUAAACAAGGGAGCGAUUUGUUCGUGAAGGUAAAUCUUAUAUUUGAAAAAUUGGCGAAUCUUUUGCUCAAAAUGGUGAACACAGUUUUCUAUAUGAUAAUAGGUUUUGAUAAUUACGAAUUUUUAAUAAGCUCAGUUGAAAGAUUUGGACAUACAUGAUCUGGCUAUAAAGUUUUAGGACUAUCUCUACUAAAAACAAAAUUCAAACAUGAACUGCACUGAAUCAAUAUUGAUAACACUUAGAAGUAUAGUUGAAGAUUAAUACAAAAGAUUUUAAGUGGCAAAAGAUAAGUGACGCUGUUGGGGCAUGUUUUAUAAAAUUAGUUCUAAACUUUAUAGCCAGACAAUGUACAUUCCCAGUUUGUUAUGAGAAGAAUUAAAAUGUGGUGCCUUAAAAAUAUGUGCCUAACUUGUAGGACAUAUGUCCUCGAUCCUAAAGAAUGCAAUUCAACUUGCGGAUCGAUAUAAAAAGGCUUAAUAAAAAGCGUUAAAGUUAGAUAAAUGAGUAAUUAAAAAUUAUGCUAAAUAUCGUAUUAUAAGUAAUUUUAGACUAAAUAACGCGUGCUUGAGCGAGUCAGAAAGUCACAUAGAGAGAUAGGUGAAGUAAUCCCUAGCAGAGCAGUUUACGAAGCUGAAAAAGAUAAAGAAAAUAUUUAAUAAAUUUCU